AUGAUCCUUUGGUCUGCAGCUUCAAGCUCUUGUCCAAGUGAAUGUGGAGGAGUCUUGAUCCCAUACCCUUUCGGAAUCGGGAAUAGUUGCUACCUGGAGAAGUCUUACGAGAUUGAAUGUCGUAGUACAACUACUACGUCAAGAAAGCUAGUCCCUUUCCUUUCAGUAAUCAACAAAGAAGUUGUGAGUAUCUCUCUUCCUAUGGCAGGUUACUUUUUUAUGGGAGCAUAUGGGAGUGUUCGUAUAAGAAACCCGAUAACAUACGCUGGAUGCUCCACUUCCACCUAUGGAAAAGAGUCAGGAGCAUCAAUAAUGAACUUGACCGGUAGCCCUAUUUACAUUGCCAGCAGCAACAAACUCAUAGCGGUUGGUUGCGACAGCAAGGUGUCGUUCACGCAUGUAAAGCCCAACACUGUUGGAUGCGAGUUGAAUUGCAGUAUGAUCAAAGAGUCUCAUAACACUAGCACCCCUUUUCGCGACGUAAGGAAGUGCUCGAGCAACAUAUUAUCUUACUAUACUAGCAACUUCGUUUGCACAGAAGAUGAACCAGAAGAAGACACGAUGUGUAAUGGUAACAGAUGUUGUCAAGCAUUUCUUCCUAACAUCCCUCAACAAGUUGUUGGUAUCAGAAUCGAAAGCAAUGACGGAAACUCGACAAAAAGGACAAAACAAGAACAUUGUAGAGUCGAAUUCUUGACAGAUGAAACCUACGAUUUGUCCAAUGACACCAAUCCACAAAAGUUACUUGGUAAGGGACAUACUACGCUUACUCUUGGAUGGAUCAUCCAGACGAAGAAUACUUCGUACCUCAACUCCUUGGGCUGCAAAAACGAAACACAAUUGAAUUCUAGUAGCAUGGUUGAACGCAGAACAAAGUGUAUAUGCGAAAUUGUCAGCAACCGUUCUGAGAUAAUCUAUGCAAAUUGUGUAUGCAACGACGGUUACAUAGGUAACCCAUAUGUUGUGGAUGGAUGCGUAGAUAUUGAUGAAUGUAAAAUGAGUUUAUAUUCAUGUGAAGAAGGACAGGAUUGUGUAAAUACUCUUGGACACUAUAAAUGCGUUGGCGACAAGACUAAAUCAAUACUAAUAGGGGUCGGUUCAGGUUUUGGUGUCUUAGCAUUAGUUGGUGGAGUUUGGUGGUUGAGAAAGUUUCUAAUAAAGAGAAGGAUGGAAAAGAGGAAGAAGAAGUUCUUUAAACGUAAUGGGGGACUACUGUUGCAACAAGAACUAAACACAAGCGAUGGUAAUGUCGAAAAGACAAGAAUCUUCACCUCCAGAGAGCUGGAGAAAGCCACUGAAAAUUUCAGCGAAAACAGAGUUCUUGGACAGGGAGGCCAAGGCACUGUGUACAAAGGUAUGCUCUUAGAUGGUAGAACAGUUGCUGUCAAGAAAUCCAAAGUUAUAGAUGAAGACAAACUACAAGAGUUCAUCAACGAGGUCGUGAUUCUCUCCCAGAUCAACCAUAGACACAUUGUCAAACUCUUGGGAUGUUGUCUUGAGACAGAAGUUCCUAUCCUGGUUUAUGAGUUUAUCAUUAAUGGAAACCUUUUCCAGCAUAUUCAUGAAGAGUCAGAUGAUUACACUAUGAUAUGGGGAAUGCGUCUACGCAUUGCUGUGGAUGUCGCAGGAGCUCUCUCUUAUCUUCAUUCUUCUGCAAGUUCUCCCAUAUAUCACCGAGAUAUCAAGUCAGCAAACAUACUAUUAGACGAGAAGCACAGAGCCAAGGUGGCUGAUUUUGGAACAUCAAGGUCAAUAACCAUAGAUCAAACUCAUUGGACAACAAUUGUUUCAGGUACAGUUGGGUAUGUGGAUCCAGAGUAUUACCGGUCUAGCCAAUAUACAGACAAGAGUGAUGUUUAUAGCUUUGGAGUCGUGCUAGCGGAACUUAUCACUGGAGAUAAGCCUGUCAUAAUGGUGCAAAACACUAGAGAAAUAGUAAGCUUGGCAGAUCAUUUCAGACUUGCCAUGAAGGAGAAGAGACUUUCUGACAUUAUAGAUGCUCGAAUAAAAGAUGAUUGCAAACCGGAACAAGUAAUGGCAGUGGCAAACCUGGCCUUAGUGUGCUUGAGCUCGAAAGGAAAGAAACGACCAAAUAUGAGAGAAGUUUUUACGGAGUUGGAGAGAAUUUGCACUUCUCCAGCGGAUUCACAGGUGCAGAUUCACGUUGAUGAAGAAGAUGAAGAGGAGGGAGCAGAGGAAGAAGAAGUUAGUAAUAUGAUAAACAAGGUAGAUUCUUGGAGAGUUGGUGUGACUGCUCCAGCCUUUGGUAUUGUGGCUUCGCCUUCUUCUUCAGAUGCUGAACCAUUAUUUCCUCGUCCCACAUGGUGA